AUGUCGAACGAGCCUUCGUACGAGGAGUACGUGGAGCGGCACGUCAUUCUCCCGAAACCGUUCCUGAAACGGAUCCCCAAGUCAUACUUUGAUCCCGAGGAGCCGGGCGUGCUCCGUAUUUUAUCUGAUGCGGAAUGGCGGGGCAUCGGAAUUACACAGAGUCUCGGUUGGGAGCACUACGAGGUGCAUGCACCCGAGCCGCAUAUCCUCCUGUUCCGCCGCGAAAAGGACUAUCAGGAAAAGGGCGCAUAG